AGAUUGAGAAUUUGUUUUUCAGAUUGAUCCAAGCAUUCUACAGCAAACCUUACAGCAGAGUAAUAUACUUGCUCAGCAACUAACUGGAGAUCCCAGUAUGGCUCCACAGAAUCCCUCCCUCCAGACAACAGAAAAUGCAGUGCCAGCUAAUGUGGUUAUUCAGCCUAUAUCAGGCCUCUCUUUGCAGCCUACAGUAACAUCUUCAGCUAACAUGACAAUUGGAUCCCUAUCUGAGCAAGAGUCUGUGCUGACGACCAGUGCUAGUGGUACACAGGACAUCUCCCAAGUCAUGACUUCACAGGGUAUGGUGUCAUCUUCAAAUGGACAACACGAGAUAACAUUGACCAUAAAUAAUUCCAGUUUGAGUCAAGUUCUAGCUCAUGCUACAGGUUCUACUACUGCAAGCUCAUCAGGAAGUCCUCAAGAAAUCACUCUUACAAUAUCUGGUCAAGAUCUUAUUCAGCAUAAUUCUGGAAGCAGUGAUCUGAAUAGUAGCUUAAGGCUGACAGCACCAACCAUCAACAGUCAGAGUACAGGUGCAACAUUAACUAUAAGCAACGACCACCUUCUUUCUCAGGGCACUUCACUAAAUGCUCCAGAGCUUAAUACAACAACUGGAACAAACCUUCCUUCAACAACACCCAUAUCUCAAUCUGCAGUUUCUGCCCAGAAUUUGGUCAUGUCUUCAUCAGGAGUUGGAGGAGAUGGUAGUGUUACUUUAACUCUUGCUGAUACUCAGGGAAUGUUGUCAGGUGGUCUCGAUGCAGUUACGCUUAAUAUCACAUCACAGGGUCAGCAGUUCCCUGCUAUACUCGCAGAUUCCAGUCUCGCUGGCCAAAGUGGGUCAGGCUCACAGCAAGUCAUACUGGUGAGCCAUACACCUCAUUCAGCAACUACAAACUCUGAUGAAAUAACAUAUCAGGUGACAGAGGUUUCUCCUAAUGUGGCUAAAAGCAGUCAAGCAGAAAAAGAAGGUCGUGUGCACCAGUGUUUUGAGUGUAGUCAGACCUUUUCUUCAGCCACCAUGUUGAUGCAUCACAGUAAAGAGGUUCAUGGCAAGGAAAGAAUACAUGUUUGUCAUGUCUGCAAUAAAGCCUUUAAGCGGGCAACACAUCUCAAGGAACACAUGCAAACCCAUCAGGCUGGACCUUCUCUGAGUUCCCAGAAGCCUCGGGUCUUUAAGUGUGAUAACUGUGAAAAAGCUUUUGCAAAACCAAGUCAGCUGGAGAGACAUUGUCGCAUUCACACAGGGGAACGACCAUUUCAGUGUACGCUUUGUGAAAAGGCUUUUAACCAGAAGAGUGCUCUUCAAGUUCACAUGAAAAAGCACACAGGAGAAAGGCCUUAUAAAUGUGAUUACUGUGCAAUGGGAUUUACACAGAAAAGCAAUAUGAAACUUCAUAUGAAACGGGCUCAUGAAGAAGUAAAGAAUGGCCCUACCUACAACUGUACAGAAUGUAGCUGUGUCUUCAAAAGCUUGGGUAGUUUAAAUACACAUAUCAGCAAGAUGCACAUGGGUGGUCCACAGAAUUCUGCAAGCUCUUCAACGGAUGUAUCUCAUGUUACAGCGGAUUCUGUCACCCAGCCUUUAACAACAUCUCCUGCUAAUCUUUUGCAGCCUGUUGAUAAUAAGUGGAAAAACGCCACGCAUUUCCGGUCUCCACUUCUUCAGCAGACAGAAAACCAGGUGUCUUCAGCUACUGCUAAUCAGGGACAGCAGGCUGUAACUGAUGUCAUCCAGCAACUCCUUGAGUUAUCAGAACCAGGUGCUGUAGAAAAUAGCCAGCCUCAACAACCUGGUCAGCAACUCAACAUUGCUGUGGGACUCAACAGAGAUAUUUUGCAGCAAGCUUUAGAGAACAGUGGAUUAUCUUCAAUUCCUGUCUCCGCACAUUCUACUGACUGCAGCCAAACUAAGACUCCUGGGACCCAGGAUCAGAACGCAGAUGUCCAGACUCUCUCAAAUCAUCAGGCUGACUCUAAUAAUGCAGAACAAGAUAAGGAACAAGAGAGUACAGAUAAACUGGAUAAAAAGAAAAAAGGUUAUUAAGAAAAAUCGCCAUUUUUACCUGGUUCUAUACGUGAGGAAAAUGGAAUAAGGUGGCAUGUCUGUCCGUACUGCUCUAAAGAAUUUAAAAAACCAAGUGAUUUAGUGCGUCACAUUCGCAUUCAUACCCAUGAGAAGCCAUUCAAGUGUCCCCAGUGUUUUCGUGCAUUUGCUGUUAAGAGUACUCUCACAGCACACAUAAAAACACAUACUGGCAUUAAAGCUUUCAAGUGCCAAUUUUGUAUGAAAUGCUUUUCCACCUCAGGGAGUUUAAAAGUUCAUAUACGUCUACAUACAGGUGUUAGGCCUUUUGCUUGUCCUCACUGUGACAAGAAGUUUAGAACAUCUGGCCACAGGAAAACACAUAUUGCUUCACAUUUUAAACAUAGUGAACUAAGAAAGAUGCGACAUCAACGUAAACCUGCAAAAGUUCGAGUAGGAAAGACGAGUGUUCCUGUGCCAGAUAUCCCUUUGCAAGAGCCCAUACUCAUCACUGAUUUAGGUCUUAUCCAACCAAUUCCAAGGAAUAGCCAGUUCUUCCAAAAUUAUUUUAACAAUAAUUUUGUGAAUGAUGCAGACAGACCGUAUAAAUGUUUUUAUUGCCAUCGAGCCUAUAAAAAAUCUUGUCAUCUUAAACAACAUAUCAGGUCGCAUACUGGUGAAAAGCCCUUUAAGUGCUCUCAGUGUGGAAGAGGUUUUGUGUCAGCGGGAGUUCUGAAAGCACAUAUUAGAACACAUACUGGACUGAAAGCUUUUAAGUGUCUUAUAUGCAACGGGGCCUUCACUACUGGUGGUAGCCUCAGGCGGCACAUGGGGAUCCAUAAUGACCUUCGGCCGUAUAUGUGUCCGUAUUGUCAAAAAACAUUCAAAACCUCAUUAAACUGUAAAAAACAUAUGAAGACUCAUAGGUAUGAACUUGCACAGCAACUUCAGCAACAUCAGCAGUCUACUUCAAUAGAUGAUUCUACAGUAGAUCAACAGAGUAUUCAUGUUUCUGCACAGAUGCAAGUAGAGAUUGAAAGUGAUGAGCUGCAGCAGUCAGAAGCUGUUGCAACAGAUCAGCAAGCAAUUUUAGAGUUAGACCAGCAGCCAGUAGGAGGCACAGAAGAAACAGCACUUGAACAACAGCUGGCUGAUCAACCUUUAGAGCAAGAUGAGGAUAGAUUUGUGACAUCCCAGCAUGCUUUACAGGAAAACAUGACUCAGUUUGAGCAACAAUCUAUAACACAGCAGUCAUUUGAUCAACAGGGCUUAUCACAAGGGUUUGCAGUUAAUGAGAGCUACAAUCAACAGACUCAGUUUCCAGCUGUACAGCAGCUGCAGGAUUCAAGCACACUUGAAUCUCAGGCUCUUUCAACAAGUUACCAUCCACCAUCCCUUCUUCAAGUUCCUAAUACAGACGCUAUUAAUGUAACUGCUCGCUUGAUACAAGAUCAGUCAUCACAAGAAGAGCUUGAAUUGCAUACCCAAAGGCCUCAUUUUCUUGAGGACAGUGAAGAUCAAAGCAGGCGUUCAUAUAGAUGUGAAUAUUGCAACAAGGGUUUUAAGAAAUCCAGCCAUUUGAAACAACAUGUACGAUCGCAUACUGGUGAGAAGCCCUAUAAAUGCCAACUAUGUGGCCGUGGCUUUGUUUCCUCAGGAGUUCUUAAGUCACAUGAAAAGACUCAUACAGGAGUUAAAGCAUUCAGCUGUAGCAUUUGCAAUACAUCCUUCACAACUAAUGGCAGCCUUACAAGGCACAUGACAACUCACAUGAGCAUGAAGCCUUACAAGUGCCCAUUCUGUGAUGAAAGCUUUCGAACAACUGUUCACUGCAAAAAGCAUAUGAAAAAACAUCAAGCAGUCUCCUCAGCUGUAGCAUCAGCUACAGAAACAGGAGGGGGAGUUGCAUGUGUUGAAGAUGAUGAUGAAAAUUCUGAAAGAGCUUCCAGAAAAUCUCGUCCUGGUGUCAUAACUUUUACAGAAGAGGAAACAGCAGAAUUGGCAAAAAUUAGGCCUCGAGAAAGUGCUACUGUCUCAGAAAAAGUUCUUGUUCAGUCUGCUGCAGAGAAAGACAGAAUUAGUGAGAUCAAAGAUAAGCAGGCAGAAUUGGAAGCAGAGCCUAAAUAUGCCAACUGUUGUAGUUACUGCCCCAAAAGCUUUAAAAAGCCCAGUGAUUUAGUCAGGCAUGUUCGUAUCCAUACUGGAGAGAAGCCGUAUAAGUGUGAAGAAUGUGGGAAGAGUUUCACUGUAAAAUCCACUCUAGAUUGUCAUGUUAAAACGCAUACAGGUCAGAAGCUCUUCAGUUGUCAUGUGUGCAGUAAUUCUUUUUCUACAAAAGGAAGUCUAAAAGUCCACAUGCGUCUGCAUACAGGAGCAAAACCAUUUAAAUGUCCACACUGUGAUUUACGGUUUCGCACUUCUGGGCGCAGAAAAACUCACAUACAGUGUCAUUAUAAACCAGAAACAAAGAAGGUUAGGAAGCCUGUUGCCCGCACUUCAGCUGAGGGACUGCAGCCAGUCAGUCUUCUUAAUUCGUCUUCAACAGAUCCUAAUGUUUUCAUCAUGAAUAACUCUGUUUUGACAAGUCAGUUUGAUCAAAAUUUACUUCAACAAGGACUUGUGGGCCAGGCUAUCCUGCCUGCUUCCGUGUCAGCUGGAGGUGACUUAACUGUGUCCUUGACAGAUGGUAGCUUGGCCACUCUUGAAGGAAUACAGUUACAACUUGCUGCUAAUCUCGUUGGACAAAAUGUUCAAAUCUCUGGAAUAGAUGCUGCUAGUAUUAACAACAUAACAUUACAGGUAGGUUGCUUUCAGUUUAUUUGGUUUUGUAGAGUCAGUUUGAAGACUGAAGGAAGUUUAAUAAGUAUAUGUACUUCUGAAGUAGUACUUUUGAGUGAGACAUCUGACAGUUCUAUGCUGUUUCAGUUUGUCCUCAAGCUGCAGCAUGGUGUGCUGACACCGAAUAUAGAGAACGGUAAUUUUCCCUACCAAGUAUCCAGCUUCCCUAAGUGUGAGAUCUGUUUGCUGUCUUUCCCAAAAGAGACCCAGUUCCAGCGCCAUAUGAGGGAUCAUGAGCAAAAUGACAAGCCUCACAGAUGUGACCAAUGUUCGAUGUCAUUUAAUGUUGAAUUCAACUUGACACUUCAUAAAUGUACUCACAAUGGCGAAGAUCCUACGUGUCCUGUGUGCAACAAGAAAUUCUCCAGAGUGGCCAGCCUGAAAGCUCAUAUAAUGCUGCAUGAGAAAGAAGAGAAUCUUAUCUGUUCAGAGUGUGGAGAUGAAUUUACGUUGCAGAGUCAGCUGUCCAUACACAUGGAAGAGCAUCGUCAAGAAUUGGCAGGCAGUAGGGUCCACAGCUGCAAAUCUUGCAAAAGGGAAUUUGAAACUUCCUCACAGCUGAAGGAGCAUAUGAAAACUCACUAUAAAAUAAGGGUAUCAAAUACCAGAUCUUACAACAGAAAUAUUGACAGAAGUGGGUUCACCUAUUCCUGUCCUCACUGUGGAAAGACGUUCCAGAAACCAAGUCAGUUAACUCGACACGUUAGAAUCCAUACAGGUGAAAGACCGUUUAAAUGUAGUGAAUGUGGAAAAGCCUUUAACCAGAAGGGGGCGUUGCAGACCCAUAUGAUCAAGCACACUGGUGAAAAACCCCAUGCUUGUGCCUUUUGUCCUGCUGCCUUUUCUCAGAAAGGCAAUCUUCAAUCACACAUACAGAGAGUUCAUUCAGAGGUAAAUACAAUUAUUCAUAAAGUGGUUGGUGCUAAUAUACUGCUUAUUGGUUUUUAACCUUUUGUUUUCAGU